AUUCCACACUAACAAGAGCAACAACAAAAUUCAACCUGGGUUUAAAAGACGAGUGUCACUGUUGGAGCCUGAUGUGAGUCAGAGGAACUGCAGCAUCAUUGUCAAUGACAUCACUGAGUCAGACUCUGGAUCAUAUCAGCUCAGAGUUAUUAGUUUACUAUAUAGGAUGACAGAUGGAUUUACAUUCUCUCCAAGAACAACUGUUUCUGUUAAAGAUCUGACCCAGAAGCCCGCAGUGAUGAUUCCUCCUCUGACAGAGAGACAGCAGAGCUCACUGAGCUGCACUGCUCCCGGUCUCUGCUCUGGAUCUGAUCCUGAAAUCCCCUGGACGUGGAGAGGAGCAGGAGAGAAGGACUCUCACAUUGCAGGAAACAUCACUGAUUUCAGGACUGAGAAUCUGACUGCUGUCACUCAGAGACACAGCUCAACCCUGACCUUAAACUCUUCAGCUGAACACCAUGGCACCAAUGUCAGCUGUAAGGUCAGCUUCACAAACAACAUCACUACAGAGGAGACUGGGACUCUGAAUGUGGUCUAUGUGAAGGAAGUUAAAAUCACUGGUAAUACAAGUGUGAAGGAGGGUGAAACUCUGAUUCUGACCUGUAGUGUUGAAAGUUUCCCUCCAUCUCUAAUCACCUGGACAAAACUCGGCUUGAACAGAACCCUGAACAAUGACACUGGAAAAGCCACACUUGUCAUCCCUGACGUGACGGCAGAAUAUUCUGGACAGUACAUAUGCACAGCAAAACAUCAGGUCAACCGAUUGAUGAAAGAAGUAAACAUAAGAGUGAAAUUUUGUCCAAGGAUCCUAAGCAGCUCUGGAUGUGAGCUUCAGUCGGGGGUCCUAACCUGUGUGUGCGUCAGUGAGGGGAUUCCUUUACCCACAAUCCAAUGGCCACUGUUGAAAAACCAUGCUGAGUACUCCCUCAUGACCAAUAUGUCACACCACACAGUGACUAUCAGUAUUACUGUAUCUGUCAAAGAUCACAACUACACCAGUGUUGAGUGUGUCAGCAGCAAUGAAGUUGGGGAAGAUAAAAAGAAUCUCAAGAUAAAAAACAUUGAUUUCAAACCAGAGGAUCCGUUCAAAACAUUUUUCAUGACUUUACAUAAAAAUCCACAAGUCAUCAUUGCAUUUUUGAUUGGGAUACUUCUUGCAGCAACCAUCUGCUGCUUGGACAGAAAGUGCCGCAGGAAAAAACAAAAGAGCACUAGGAAUGAUAUUGAGACUCUAGAGAUGGCGACAACUGAAGCAGAUCCAUUGAUCAAUGCUGGUCAUGCAGUGGAAAAUGAAGAAGCCAAUGACCAAGAGUCAGCUGAAGGGAGAGCCGAGGCUGCUGACCAACCAGCCGCUGGCGUUGACAUGGAACCAAAAGAGGUGGAAUACUCUGACAUUGACUUCCACUUGUUGAAUAGGAAGAGUCCAGCAGGGGCAAAUAAUGCACAAGAGACCACAGAGACAGAGUAUGCUGAAAUUAAGAACAAAGAAAUGGAGGAGAGACAAGACAAUGGUGGAGAGGGUGGUGAAAUGUUGGAGGGCAAUGAGGAGGAGGUGAUGAUGAGGGAAGAUAAGGAGGCACAAGAGUGUAUGUCAGCAGAGGAGGGAGGAGGGGAUGAGAUAGUUUACUCUAAUGUGAAAGAAAUAAUGGAAGAGACUUAAACAGUUAAAGAAACAGACAGAUGUUACAUAGAGGUGCAUUUAAAGGGAUCUGGGCAGAAACAAUGUGGGAUGGCAGAGGGGAUUGAUUUAUGUGUGUGAGUUCUCUCAUAUUUUCUGAUGUGAUGGUUUCUCAUUUGAAUGUCUAUUGUAAAUGACAAUCCUGUGUGUGGUUUUUACCACAGCAUUGGUUUUUACCAUUAUUCCAUUCUAACUACAGUAUCAGGUGACAACAAUGUUUAUGUACAAAGUAUUUAAUCCACCCAUAUCGCAGCUUUACCUUGCCAAUCCUACAUCAAGCCACUCAAAACUCAAAACAAAACCCCACUAAAAAAGUGGAAACCUUUUGUGUGCAAAAAAAGCUUUAGCAUCUCUUUGGCAUCACACAAUUUAUUAACACUGUAUCAGCUAUAAUUAACAGCUUUAUGUACAAGUUUAGCUUUUCAUUACUUUUAGACAAUAUGUUAUUAUUCUGAAAUAAAUAAAAACUGCUGAAAUUGUAUUUAAAUAAACUAAGAUCUAAUGUGUCAUCUUUUUCACCUUUACUUUUUACAGGCAAGCCAUUAAGAACAAGUUGUUGUUUACAAUGGC